AUGGCCGCCAAUCGGAAGAGCAAAGCGCGGGAUCCAGGUGAGGCGUGCGCGGGUCUGAGACACAGGUCAUUUCCCAGGCGACCGGAGCGACGAUGGCGCGCGUUCCCAGGCGCCCCGUGUGUUGGUGGGUCGCGUCGUGAAUGCCAGCCUGUCGUAGGCGUUCGCCAAUUGGCGCCGGGCGGGUUGGGCGGUUAUGCAUCGCUUCCUUUCCUUCCCGCGCGCUCUGGCUCUGGCUCUGGCUUUGGCUCUGGCUCUGCGCUGUGA